AUGUCCCGCACGCAGGCUGAGAGCGUUAUAAGAAACAUCAUCCGUGAAAUCGCACAAAGCUGUUUAAACAGAGGACAAACUCUGUCUGAGACGCUUAUUGCGUUCAUGGUCAAAGCUGUUGUUUUGGACCCCAGGAAUCAUUUUAACGUGGACAAGACUCUUACAAAGCAAGAUGUGCAGAAACUUAUAGAGCUGUGUGUGGACAGACUCAUGGACCAGACGAGUCCAACUCUAAACACCAUAAAGAUGCAGGUCUACUUUGACAUGAACUACACAUCUCGAUGUGAGUUUGUGGAGGAGCAACAGAGAGUCCUGCAGUCACGUCUGUUGUCACUGAACAGAGAGAUCACAGACAGCAGAGCCAAGACCAGAGACGACCUGAACAGUCUGUAUGGAAAGAUAGUGAGCUACAUCAUACAACGCUCCAACCUCGGCUCAGCCACUGACAUCAACACUGUGAGAGAAACCACAGCGGCUUUGCAGAGUGUGUUUCCUCAGUCAGAGCUGGCCACCUUCAUGUCUCUGAUGAAACAAGAUAAAGAGCAGCAGCUCAGUGAACUCACUUUGAUCGUCAGCGGCUUGCGACUCUUCAACAAAGACAACAGGAAGGGAGGAGAGAGCAUACAAAACUUGCCUGCCUUCUUGAAUGAGGCACUGCCAGCUGCAGUCACAGACAUUGAGAGCGAACUGGCUGGAUCUCAGCGCUUGGCCUGGCAGUACACUGCCCUGCUGGAGAAGCUUUCGGACCAGGACACAGACCACAGUGACUGUCCUGUCGAUCCAGAUCUGCUCAAACAGGCUCUCUAUAACACACGACAGCAUGAGUCUUUCCUCAAACUCAUACUGGCAGACAUUAUCCUGUGUGCAAAGGAAGUGGUGCAUUUACAGUCUGAUCUGGCAGCUAGAAUGAAGCUCCUGAGGGACACGGUGCACUCGAAGACUGCAGUGCCCAUAGCCCAAGUUUUUCCUCAUUUCACAGCAUUGGCUGAACUCUGGGCAGGAUUGGAAGUUGAGAUGGCACUACAGAGCAUGCUCACUGACCUGGUGUCCAGUCUGAGGGUCUUCCUCUCUGCACAGUCUCUGUUGAGCCCAGAUCAACUGAAGCUGCUGCUGGAGGGACUGCAGGUGCAAACAGACAUGGAGAGAACCUCUGGGACAGCAGAGAGUAUCAACGUGUCAGAGAUGAGUACAUGUGAAUGGAUUUUCCCAGAGGUCACAGCUAACUUUGCCGAUCUGCCACUGCAGUAUAAGGGGGUCUGUGGGUACACCCUUGUAAAGAAGAACGGCCUUUUAGUCCCAGGUAAUCCAAAUAUUGGUGUCCUGAAACACAAGGAGAAAUACUAUGCGUUCAGCUACAAGAGCGCUGCAUAUGACUUUGCCUCUAAAGCAGAUGAGUAUAUAGCAGCUGUGGUAGAGAUAGCAAAGAGAUCGCCCGAGCUCAUCCAACUUCUCCAGCUCCAUCAUGAGUUCGCCUAUGUUACACCAUAUUCUGAGAUGCAGUCAGGGCAGAAACUGCUGGUGAAACCCAUCUGUAAAAGUGACAGCUGCACACAAACAGAAAUCCACCCUCUGGAGACCAACAUCGUCAAGUCCUUUGAGUGGAAUGAGUGGGAGCUGCGGAGAAAAGCCAUCAAACUGGCAAAUCUGCGUAAUAAAGUGACACGCUCCAUGCAGACCGAUCUGAGUCACAUGAGACGUCAUAACAGCACACAGACAUUCCUCCCUAAAGAUGCCUCCAGCCAGACAAAACGAGACAGGGAGAGUAACUUACCAAAACCACGAGUCUAUCUGGCAGGACUGAGAGGAGAGAAGACCAAAGCAUCACACAUGAUUAAGGUUGAUUUAACUAGAGCUGUUGAUGAAUGAAUUAUUAUAUCAGAGAACACUGUGCACAAAACCCAGACUCAAUAAACUGCUCAUUAAUUAUUGCA